UGGCUGUACUUUUCACUCCUGAAAACUUUAGAAUGUGUGCGAAGCUGAGCUGCGCAGCUAGUUAACCCUUUUGAAUUCACCAACACACAUCACGACACGUGGAGAGACCUGCUGCACAAUGCACAUGCGCAGUGUGACACUCUUCUGCUUGCGCCUGCCCACUGAAUCGUAGCGGUAACCCUGAACAGACGGAAGUGGCUCGGGUGAGAUAUAGCUUUAAAAUGCUACUACAUCCUGUGAUAUCAAAACUCAUUGGAAAGGUUGUUGUCUUGGCAAGUGCCUCUCCAAGAAGACAAGAGAUACUAAGGAAUGUGGGCUUACGUUUUGAAGUUGUUCCCUCAUGGUUCAAAGAGACGUUGGACAAGUCGUUGUUUGAAAACCCAUAUGAUUAUGCAGUGGAGACAGCAAAACAAAAGGCUCUAGAAGUCGCAAAAAGAAUGCAGCUUAAGCAUCUGAAAAUGCCAGAUAUUGUCAUUGGUGCUGACACUAUUGUGACUUUGGAUGGAGACAUUCUUGAGAAGCCAAUAGACAAACAAGAUGCUCACAGAAUGCUUUCCAGGCUAAGUGGAAAAGAGCACAGUGUCUACACAGGAGUUGCAAUAAUUCACUGUAGCUGUCAAUCUGUGAAUGAAGUGGAAUAUGAAGUUGAUAUUUUUCAUGAGGCAACCAAAGUUAAGUUUUCUGAACUAUCUGAAGAGCUACUUUGGGAGUAUAUUGACAGUGGAGAGCCAAUGGAUAAAGCUGGAGGAUAUGGAAUUCAGGCCUUAGGAGGAAUGCUUGUGGAGUACGUACAUGGAGAUUUUCUUAAUGUGGUAGGAUUUCCACUGAACCACUUCUGCAGAAAGCUAGCAGCAAUAUAUGGCCAGCCAUGUAAAAGUGAAAUCAAACGUGUAAAGCAUGACUCCAUUCCAUACGUGGAAAACUUUGAAAGUUUCAGCAUGAAUCACCUGGAGCAUAUGGAAGACAAUAAUGUGUUUAAUUAUGGUAUAAAAACUACAGAAGAAAGUGGAAAUAUAUCAGAAAGUGGCAAGUCACAGCAAACAUUUCUGGCAUCAGUUAACAUUGAAAGCUCUGUUGUGAAAGAAUCCAAACAAUUUCCUCAAAAAAUUGUGGAUCUUAUAAAUGGGUUUAAAGCUUCAAAGUGUUUGUUAACAGCAUCAAAAUUUAAGAUUUUUGAUAUCCUGAAAAGCUGUGAUGGCAUGUCAGCAAAAGAUAUUGCUGAAAAACUUCAGAACUCAAUUGCGGGAACAGAAAGACUUCUUGAUGCCUGCGUAUCACUUGGCUUGUUGGAGAAAUCACAGCAGAAGGACAGUUGUGGUGUUUAUAAGAAUACAGACGAUACAAACUCUUAUCUUUUGACAACAAGUGAAUAUUCCCUGCAUGGAUAUGUGAAGUUUUCAAAUGAUUAUAUCUGGCCUCUUUUCACACAACUGGAGAAAGCUCUUAACGAUGGCAAAUGUCAGCAUAAGCAGGUGUUUGGAAAGACAACAGAGGAUCUACUUCAGGAUGCUUGCUACAACAACAAAGAAUUCCAGCUGUGUUUCAUGAAUUCUAUACACUGCAUUGCCAGAGUAACAGGAAGAGAUAUUGCUGCAGUAUUUGAUCUCUCACAGUUUAGAACAGCAUGUGAUAUAGGAGGUUUUACAGGAGCUUUGGCUUUUGAACUUGUAAAAAUGUAUGACAAACUAACAGUUACAGUCUUUGAUCUGCCUGCCAUCGCAGAAAUCACUUCUGACUUUGUUUUAGGCCUGCAAAAUCCUCGAGUAACCUUCAUGAGUGGAAACGUUUUCAAGGAUGACCUUCCAAAGGCAGACCUUUACAUUCUUUCAAGAACUAUAAAUGACUGGUCUGAGGAGAAGAUUCACAGUUUGUUAAGCAAAUUGUCCCAAAUAUGUACAUCAGGUUCUGGACUUCUGCUUGCUGAAAUUGUUCCGGAUGAAGAAGAUAUUUGUUCUCCAAAGACUUACUUGUUGGUUCAAGAAAGGAAGAAAAGAAAUUUUUCUCAAUAUAAGCAACUAUUAGAAAAGCAUAGUUUCACCAAUAUCUGUAUUAAAAGACAUGGAACCUUUCUUGAUUUCAUACUAUGUUUUAAAAAGUAAGGAAAUGUGAGAUAUUUUUGUUUAAAACAAGACAUUGAAUAAUCAGAAUAUGUAAUAAAUGUCUUAGUGCUAUAAUUGCAAGCAACGCUAAUUUUUUCGCAUCAUCACUAGUAAUAGUCACCUAUUUUAAAUAUACGUAUACUGAAUGCCAAAUUACAGUUCAUUUCUGGUCAGUUUGUAUCAUUCAGUAAACCUAAAAUGUAUCAUUUUUAUUUAAAAAGGCACAAAUGUUAAGCAGAUCAUGUGACUGCGUGUGAUCAUGCAAAUGUUCGAAAUUGAUACUAUAUUUGCUAAAAGAAAACAUGUUUUUGCUUUUAUUUUGUAAGUCAGUACACAAUUUUCUGUUAGUAACAUAUAACCAUAUUUAACUACUAGUGUCAACCAUUAGUCAUAGAUGAUUCAAUUCAGCAUUCAGUUUAAAUAUUUAAGGUUUAAUUACAUCUCAUGAUUUAAGCAUUAGCGUCUGUCCAUCAGCUUCAUAUAACAAAUGAUAACUUAAAAUUAAAUAAAGGUUCAUCCACUGUCAGAGUAAAA